AUGGCCUUAAUCGUCUUCUUGGUUAUGGUUGGAGGGAUCUUUGCUGGAUUGACCAUCGGAUUGAUGGGUCUCGACGAGACCAACCUGCAUGUCCUAAUGGCAUCCGGAUCUCCCAAGGAGCAGUUCCACGCCGAAACCGUCUUUGGCCUCCUGUCGCGUGGGAAGCAUUGGGUCCUUGUAACCUUGCUGUUGGGAAAUGUGAUUGUGAACGAGACCCUUCCUGUCGUCCUGGACUCUGAACUUGGCGGAGGAAUCGUCGCCAUUCUGAUCUCGACCUUGCUGAUUGUCGUCUUUGGAGAGAUCAUCCCACAGGCUGUUUGCGCUCGGUAUGGGCUUGCCAUCGGUGCCUAUUGCGCAAAGCCGAUGCUCAUUGUUAUGUACAUCAUGUCACCUAUCGCAUACCCGAUCGCUAUGCUGCUAGAUUCGUGGCUGGGAGUUCAUCAUGGAACAACUUAUCGCAGGACAGAGCUCAAGACAUUGGUCUCACUUCACCAGGUCAACGGAAUCGGCGAGCUCACCGACGACGAAGUGACCAUCAUUGCAUCCGUCCUUGAUCUCAAGGAGAAGCCCGUCUCGAUGGUCAUGACACCACUGGAGGACGUCUUUACUCUGAGCGAGGACGCGAUUCUAGACGAGGAAUUGAUGGAGGAGAUUGUCUCUGCGGGAUACUCGCGCAUCCCUAUCUACCGACAUGACGACCCCAGCAACUUUAUUGGUAUGUUGCUCGUCAAGCGCUUGAUUACCUACGACCCAGAGGACCAUAUUGCUGUUCGACAGUUCACGAUCAACUCUCUUCCCGAGGCUGCGCCCAACACUAGCUGUCUCGACAUUUUGAAUUUUUUCCAGGAAGGGCGUUCGCACAUGGCGAUGGUGACCUCGGAGCCUGGUGGAUUUGGUCUGCCCGUCGGAGUUAUUACGCUGGAGGAUGUUAUUGAGGAGUUGUUAGGCGAAGAGAUUGUGGACGAGUCCGAUGUCUACGUCGAUGUGCACAACAAGAUCCGCGUUAUCAGGAAACCCAACAGGAACGUGCAUAUGAUCAAGAACCUCAAGACCCUGCUUCAAUCCCCAGCUCUCAGCGAGGCAGCAACCCCUCUUGUGGGACCCAUUGCUCCCUUGACAGGUCAUGCCGGCGUUGUGAUGCAUCCUACUCCUCAGAUCGAGCGACGAUUAGCUCUUCCUGUGGAGGUACCCAACCAAUACGUGUCUGGCAAGACGAUCCUUCAGUCGAGAAAGACCUCUACUGGCGGCAUAGGUGAGAACCAGCAUCUUUUGAGCAACGAUGGUGCCCCUCACCAUUGCGAAUUCAGGACUGGAUCCUAUACCAAGUACGACCACUAUACAGGACCAAAGUCACCUCAGCAACCAUUUACUCACCACCCACAGCAGCAGCAUUCGAUCCUUGCUCUCCCUGUGGAUUCAAAACCCAUUGCUGAGAUCCUCACACCAAGGGCGCCACAGUUGGGCAACGCCGUGUCUAUUACCAUGGAUACGCCAGCUCCUGUCCACGAUUUGGAGCCAUUACCCGCACCCAUUUUGAGGCCCACAGUCAGCGACCACAACCUGAGCCUGGAUUCCAUCUCAGAGUCGUCAACACCCUUGAUUCGCCCAGAGUCCACCACAUCGACAACAGUGACUGAGGCCGAGUCACCGGCGCCAUCCACUGGGUCCAAGAAGAAGAAGAAAAAGAAAAAGAGCCACAAGUGA